AUGGCUUCAGCUCAAGUUCAGCUCCCACACAACCUCCAGGCCAUUCUGAAGGAAGAAGACUCCCAGAUUGACGCCUCCUCUGAACGGCCCAAGGAUAGAAUCGAAUUUCAUGCAAGGGAGCUCACAAUCUAUAGGGGAAAUGAUCCAACUUGCUGGCAAUGGGUUUACAUGCCAGACACAGAUGGUGCUCUGGUUGAGGUGGCUGUAUUAUUGCGCAUCGAUCGGCUUGACGUGAGCAAGGUAUUCUCUGCUAAAAGGCUCACUCCUGGGAAGUAUUACGGUGUUUACUUUGUGUUAAUGAUGACGGACGGAGAAUAUGGAUUUAAAGAUCAUCCAGUGAAGUUUCAACUCGCCAUUCCCAAUUGCCAUGAGACUAUUGAACGCAAAGAGGAUCUGAGUAAGUUGCCUAAAAACAAAUGGACAGUGGUCCGACUUGGUGAGUUCGCGACAUCUUGCAAUAUGUCUGGUGAUUUGAAAAUCUCGAUGUUUGAACAACUCCAACAAGUCAAUCCUGAGUUGAAUCAAGAUCCAAUUUGGCUUGAGAUUGCUCGUUUACCUAUUCAGUAA